CAAAAUAAAAAUGAAUAAAAAAAAGAGGAAAACCCUAGCUUCGACUGUGCUCCACGCCACUUCUUCUUCUUCACGCCGUCUCCUCCUCCGUUGCAGCAGCUCAUCGUCGCCGCCGCUGUCGCCAUCAUCUUUCCUCCUCUCGUGCCGUCGCCGCCGUCCACUUUCUGCCGUUCGUGCCGCUGCAGCCUCCCCUCUAGUAGUUUUGCACUGAUUUUCUACUCCGUUGUUACUGGUUACAAAUUUUACUGGAACUUGAGAGAUUGUUGCAGUUUCAUAAGGCAUGGCCAAGCAUCAUCCCGAUUUGAUUAUGUGCAGAAAGCAGCCAGGCAUUGCCAUUGGCCGACUUUGUGAGAAGUGCGACGGGAAGUGUGUGAUCUGUGAUUCUUAUGUCCGUCCCUGUACACUUGUUCGUGUUUGUGAUGAAUGCAAUUACGGGUCUUUUCAAGGCCGCUGUGUGAUCUGUGGAGGAGUAGGAAUUUCAGAUGCCUACUACUGCAAAGAGUGUACACAGCAGGAGAAAGAUAGAGAUGGAUGUCCAAAGAUUGUUAACUUAGGCAGUGCAAAAACAGAUUUGUUCUAUGAACGUAAGAAAUAUGGGUUCAAGAAACGAUGAAGUAAAAACACAUAGUUAUCUUCCUAGGAUGGAUCUUACUGUAAUAUGAUGAAUUUCUGAUUUCUAAUUUCAAACUCUCUUAGACAUGUAUGUAUAUGCUGAUGAGUCAGAAUGAGAACAGUUGUUGGGGCCAAGGCAAAUCAUGAGAAUUGUGAACUUUAUUGAUUGUAUUGUGUUUUUGAGUACAAUUAUGGCAGGGGUGAGGAUCAAACCAUCGACUUUUAAGAUGGUAA